AUGGAAAAGCUGUGUGAGCUGGCUCAGGCUGAUCUGCUGGAACUGGUGAGAUCUGUAGACGAUCAGAAGGGCCGCAUUCAGGAGCUGAGUGAAGAUCAGGAAGCGGAGCUUGCUGCCAACCUGCCGCUUUUUAUUGCCGCUAUCUGUGUCUUGAAUCGUUACCGCUUUGAAGAUGUGCUGACCAGCUACCAGAUUGAUCCGCUCGAAUUACAGCAGCUGUUUGCGCGCCUGGAUCGCCUUGGUGUGAUUGAACUGCUGCCGGAAAAUCGCUAUCGCCUGCAGGUCUCGCGGAGUUUUCGCUGGCGUAAAAAUGGUCCCAUAGAGCGUUAUUUUAUUGGUCAUGUGUUGAGCAGCUUCGUCGAUCGCAAACUGGUGCGUACUCAGGAUAGUUUCAGGUUUGCCUGGGGCACUGUCAGUGACGCCACUGCGCAGCGCUUCAUUGAACGCCUGCGUUCGGUCUACGAUGACUUCAACGAUGCCGCAGAUGCAGACGCCCAACUGCCCCUUGAACAGCGUACGGGAGCAGGACUGUUGAUGAUUGAUCUGUAUACCUGGAGUACCCCGAAUGGCCGCAAGAUUUCGAUUGCGCUGGAGGAGUUUGGCUUGCCUUACACAGUGCACGCGGUAAAUAUCGCGAAAGAUGAGCAGCUUGAGCCCGAGUUUCUGGCCAUCAGCCCCAACAACAAGAUUCCAGUGAUUGUUGACCGUGAAAAAAAUCGGUCGAUUAUGGAAUCCGGCGCCAUUCUGAUUUACCUCGCCGAUAUGCACGACCGGUUCUGGGGGGAUGAUCGCUAUCAGACGCUGGAGUGGUUGAUGCUGCAGAUGGCGAGCAUUGGGCCUAUGUUAGGGCAGACGCAUCACUUUCUGAAAUUUAAUCCGGGAAAGGCGCCCUAUGCUGAGGAUCGAUACGCGGCUGAAACAAAGCGUUUGUAUGGCGUAUUGAAUAAAAGGCUCAGUGAAUCUGAGUAUCUGGCCGGCAGCUAUUCCAUAGCGGAUAUCGCCACCUGGCCCUGGAUUGCUCGCUAUGAAUGGCAGGGUGUUGAUUUUCCAAGUUAUCCGCACCUGUUGCGCUGGUAUAAAGAAAUUGCUGCCAGGCCGGCUGUGCAGCGUGGCUUUGAUGUACCGGCGAUCGGUGCGCAGAUACCUAUGCCUGGCUAG